UCAGAAAAUUCUCUGGCUGUGCGGUGUUGGCAUUUAUUUUCUUCACACACUCCUCCAGCACGCUCCACACAUCUCCACUAGCCAUGGUUGUCCCCCACAUGCCUGACCGUCUGGUGUCGCAGGUAAACAGACUCACCGAGAAACUCUUCCGCCCGCCGCCGUUUUGGUUCCGAGACACAAACAUGGCGUCCGCCGUGCUGAAGGUUGCAGUGGCAGGCCUUUCCAGAUGUUCUCCUCUCACACUCCUGAGGGCACAUUCAACGACAGCACCCCUCCAUCAGGGUGUUCCAGAAUCGCUGUGGAAGCUGGGGAGGCUGAACCACAUUGCCAUUGCUGUCCCUGACAUGGGGAAGGCCACAGUUCUGUAUCGGGACGUGCUGGGGGCCACAGUGAGUGACAUGGUGCCCCUGCCCGAGCACGGCGUCUACACUGUGUUUGUGGAGCUUGGCAACACUAAACUGGAGCUGCUCCAUCCCCUGGGGGAGAAGAGCCCGAUCGCUGGCUUCUUACAGAAGAAUAAAUCUGGAGGGAUGCACCACAUUUGUAUUGAGGUAGACGACAUUAACGCUGCAAUAGCUGACCUGAAAGCAAAGAACAUCAGAACGCUGUCAGCAGAGCCCCGGAUAGGAGCUCACGGGAAACCAGUGAUGUUCCUUCAUCCUAAAGACUGUGAUGGUGUGCUGGUGGAGCUUGAAGAAGCGUGAACACCUCAGUCAGACAGGGAUUGUGGGAGCUGUUAAUUCCCUUUAAUAUGUUCCACAGUUGGUUUUGAUAAUCGCAAUGAGAACAAAUAUUGAUUUUGUAAUAUUGUUCUUAAUAGCACUUACGUUUUGAUCUUCUCAUUUCAAAAGGUGCCUCAAAGUUGUCUUCCAGUCCUGUUUCAGUGCUGUUCCUGAUUUUUCUGUUUUGUUGGGAAUAGAUUAUGUGGUGUGGUGUGUUUUGGCAGUUUGUUUAAUUUCAGUAAAUGUUCAGUGAAUGUCCAUUUGCAUUUGAGUCAGCAGCUAUCCUAAUGUUAGUAGAAUUACUAUUUUUUAACCAUAACAUGACAUGUGAUCCAGUUUAUUUGCACAUGGUCUACAACUCCUAAAGUUUUAAUUUCACUAUAUACAUAGAGAUGGAGACUCCAAAAUGAAGAGAAAAAUAUGACAUUUUUGGAUAUUAAUGCAUUUUUAACAGGUACAGGCCAAGUUUCCAAAUUGGAUGGCAUACUUUCUCACACAGACAAAGGAAUAAAAUAUUAAAAUCCAAAUAGGAAACAUACUUAAGUUCAGAGCAUGUUAAGGACUGUAGUUGCCCAAAAUUCCAGUAUUUGUGUGUAAUGCAGGACAUCCACUCAGAGUCUAUAAUUCUUGGCACGCAGCAUAUAAAAACUUGUCCAACACUUAUUUUUUUAUUAGUGGCAUUUGUUAUUAGAUCACCACCCCAGGAAAGGACACUAGUAGAACAACAUAUACCAACAGCCUGUAUCAAUAAACAAUUGUGAUUAUAAAACAAAGGGAACUCAUGGUGGUGCAGGUGUACUUUCAAACAUUUCCUGUAAAACAUUUGUUUCCGAGCUGGAAGUCCCCCGAUUACUUGGCUUUAAUAAGCCCUAUAGAUGGUCCAAAAAAUUCAACAAUUCAACAUAAAUAACUUGAGAAAUGAGAUUUUAACAGUGUAUGACAUACUCCGACACAGAGCGUAGACCCGUGGCACUUGUUUUGAGACAUGAACAGCAGAUGAUCAUAAUUAGUUUCACACAAAGCUGUUUACAUUGUAUCUCUGGUGUGUAUUUUCUAGAGUCUGCAGGCUCUGAGGAAAACGGUAAUUAUGUUCCUCACUCUGAUAAACAUUGUGAUUAUUUUCUUGACUGCCAAUCUUUGGAGUCUCCUUCAACUACCAACACUUAGCCCCCAUUAGUUCAUUAAUACAUUUGCAAUAGCCAGAUCUCCAGGAACGUUUAACUUGCAAAGACAGAAAAACAGAUCCUACAAUAAAGGUUUAGAGGGGUUCUA